AUGCAAUUCGUGCAAGCAUUGUCAGGUCAAAGAAAACAGUUAGUAGACAAAGAAAAAGAUCGCAUAGAGGUUGAAGAGGCUCAGCUGAGUGACUGCUCAAGAAGACUCUACGCGGGAGGUGUCAUAAGCGACCGUGGCUUCGAGAGCCUCCGACCAGUAGGCACACAAAUCCCCCGUUUGUGUGGUCUACGAAUAAUCCAUAAGGAUGGUCUGCCAGUUCCACCGAUUCUGGACAUUCGCAAUUCACCGUAUCAUGCGAUAGCGAAAUGGGUGGCGGCGAAACUCAAGCCUUUGCAGCAUCAACUGGCACCACGGAGCUAUCGAGAUACGUUUGACUUUAUCGAUGAUAUCAAAGAUGUGAACUUAAACGGCAUGAUAAUGUUCUCCAUAGACGUCUCCUCGCUGUUAACAAACGUCCCGGUUAUCGAGACAGUCGAAUACAUCUGCGAAUUCCCAUAA